AUGACGCACCAGAACAGCGGACACACUGUCUUGCUUACCGAGCAGGAAGCGCAACGCAUUCGGACUACCGUUCAAGAAACGCGAAAACAAUGCUUGGAGCGCAAGGGAAACGCAAGGGGGUUUAGAGAUGCCCACGCCACAGUCAGCCAGGCUACUGGCACCUCUCUCAUGAUGGACAUGGGCAGCAUGGCUGGACAAGGCCAGAGAGACACACUCCCAGCUCUUGGUGUUGGGCAGACCUACCCGCCAAGCACAGCAUCCCUUGAGGCCCUGAAGCCCAUGGUGUUCACUGAGCUUCAGAUGGGCACUCACCACCGCGGCCGUUCACUCAUCGUGAAGCGUGCCAACCGUUGUCCGGUAGUGACCCUUGCAGCCCGGUCAUGGACGGUAGUGCAAGAUGACGAAGAAAAGGAGACUGAGCGGAUAGAGAUUUGCCUCCAUAAGACAACCGAUGGUGAAGAUACUCUGGAAUCAGCACGUCGAUAUAUCAUCAAGGAGCCUUACUUCACAUUGACAGAGGACGGUGAAGCCACAAUUCGAAUUGACCAUCCUUCAGACCUGGUCGUGUGCAAGGAAGAGAUUGUGAAGGGCAGCUCCGCUCGAGUCGAAGACACGGCUAAAGCAGAAGAAUUGGCGAAAAAGUGCAAAGACAAGGGCAACGCUGCGCUCCAAAAGAAGGAUCUGACCCUCACUCGCGAAAGUUACACUCAAGGUCUCCGCCUCGCCAGACAAGAGGCCGUCCAGAAGACAAAUCCUGAUUUGGCCCGGGAUAUUGCUCGUAACCGGGCUCAUGUCCACUUGCUCAUGGACCGACAAGAUGAAGCCAUCGCCGACGCCAAAGCGUCCUUGAUCGGCGCAGAUGACCAACGAUCCAAAGAGCUCGAUAGCAAAGCCUACUUCCGCGCCGGCAGCGGUGCGUACAACCUGGGUCAAUAUCAGCAGGCCAAAGAGUAUUUUGAAAAGGCCAAGGAGCUGGCCCCUGAGGGAAAAGGUGCAGCAAUCUACCUGCGAAAGAUCGAGAUGCGCCUGCGUGAGCAAGCGAAAGGAGACCAUGACUUGAAGAAACUCAGGGCCAACCUCUCCCGAGCUUCUCCGCGGGCUGAUGCCGCCAGCUUUACCAGCAAGACUGAAGUCAAGAGCAGUACGGGACGGGGUCGUGGCUUAUUUGCUAACUGCGACAUCGCCGCUGGGGAAAUCGUCAUGGUUGAGAAGGCCUUCUGCGUGGUCUGGGGUCACGAGAACGACGUCUUGACCGCAAUGACAUACGACGUGCGCGAUGACAAGAUUAGAGUAACGCCCGUGGGCUUGACCAAGGCCAUUACACAGAAGCUGCUGAGAAACCCAUCCCAGAUCGAUAGAGUGAUGGAUCUCUACGGCGACUACCAAGGCGAAGGCAAAGCGCUAACCAAGACCGAGGAAAGCCCCGUCGUGGACGUGUUCCGGGUCCAUGAUAUCGUCUCGCGCAAUGCCUUUGGCCCCGGUGGCCAGUACGGAGAGGAGGGCGCAAGGAAUGCGAGCACGGGUCUCUGGGUCUGGGCUGCCUACAUCAAUCACUCCUGCGUCGCCAACGCGAAGAAGGAGUAUGUCGGUGACUUGAUGGUGUUACGCGCCCUGCGCCCCAUCAAGGAAGGCGAGGAGAUUUUCCACAGCUACGACGAGUCCGCAGACUACGAGACAAGACAAAGGGCUUUGAUGACGACCUGGGGCUUCGAAUGCAGCUGCGCGCUCUGCACCGCCGAGAAGGCGGAUGACGAAAAGCUGCGGAAGAAGCGCAGCAGUCUGGCGAACGAUGCGGACGAUUUCGUCAACACAACCCAUUGGGCAAACGCUAAGCGGAUUGCUAUUUCCAAGGCCCAGCGCCUCGCGCGAGAGAUCGACGCUACCUACGAUGAAAAGAGGUACCAAAAUCUGCCGCGCUUGGCUUCGGAAAGAAUCCGCGAAUGGCUUGCGAAAGCGAGCCCUCUCAACUCAUGA